AUGAACAUCUUGUGCUGCUCUGCUGUAGCAACUAGCAAAGGCAUUCCAGGAGCUGCUGCCAGGGACCUUUCGUCCAACAGUGGUCUUAGUGGCCCACUACCCACUUCGAUUGGCAACCUCAGGCAGCUCACAACACUAAUCUUGGCUGGCUGCAGCUUCACAGGAGGCAUCCCCGAAGAAUUAGGAAACUUGGUGCAGCUCUCAUUCUUGGCAAUGAAUUCAAACAGAUUUACAGGCAGAAUUCCUGCUUCAAUUGGCCUACUCAAAAACCUCUUCUGGCUAGACUUGUCAGAAAAUCAACUUUCUGGUCCUGUUCCGAUUUCAUCAACCACUUCUCCAGGACUUGACCUACUUACAGACACCAAACAUUUCCAUUUCAGUAGAAACCAAUUAACUGGUAAUCUCGACGGCCUCUUCAGCCCUAGCAUGAGACUCGAACAUAUAUUAUUUGACAACAACCAAUUGACUGGUCCUAUCCCUGCUGAACUUGGUAGCAUCACUACCCUCCAGAUUCUCCGAUUAGACAAUAAUAAAUUCACAGGAGCAGUUCCAACCAAUAUCAGCAACCUAGUUGACCUAAAUGUACUGAAUUUUGCAGACAACCAGCUGCAUGGAACAAUGCCAGAUCUCAGUACCCUGACAAAACUUAAUGUGGUCGAUUUAAGCAACAAUUCAUUUGAUCCGUCUGCCAUACCAACCUGGAUGCUGACACUGGAAACACUUGCUUCAGUAGCAAUAGCUUCUGGAGGACUGCAUGGUCAGAUUCCCAACAGGAUCUUUACCUUGCCCAGACUGCAGCAAGUUAUUCUAAGCAAUAAUGCCUUCAACGGGACACUUGACAUGACUGGCAACAUCACUCAACAACUGCAGCAAGUCAAUUUGCUAAACAAUCGUAUAGUUGCAGCCAAUAUAACACAAAGCUACAACAGAACACUAGUACUUGUGGGAAAUCCUGUGUGCUUGGAUCCUGAUUUCUCCAGUAGCCGCUUUUGCAGUAUCCAGCAAGAUAGCGCUACAUCAUACACUACUAGUGUAACCCAUUGUGGUUCAACUUCUUGUUCCAGUGAUCAAAGUCUAGACCCUGCGAACUGUGGCUGUGCCUAUCCCUACAUGGGUAUGAUUUUCUUCAGGUCACCAUUGUUUGCAGACUUGAGAAACAAUGAGCACUUUCAGCUACUGGAAGCUAGCCUCUCAACAGAGCUGGGACUGCAACCUGGUUCAGUUUUCCUUUCUGAUAUCCACUUCACCAGUGAUAAUUACCUCCAAGUUCAAGUCAGACUAUUUCCAUCGAUCGGAACAUCCUUUAACUUGUCAGAAGUAACGAGGAUAGGCUCUGAUCUUAGCAAUCAAAAUUACAAGCCACCACAAGGUUUUGGACCUUAUUACUUUGUUGCAGAUCCAUAUGUCCACUUUGCAGCUUCAUGGGGAAUCGCUAAAAAAGACAGUGGAGGUGCUCCACAGCUGAAAGGAGCAAGGUUCUUUUCCUUUGAUGAACUGAAGACCUGCACCAACAAUUUCGCAGAGAACAAUGAAAUAGGAUCAGGAAGUUAUGGAAAGGUUUACAAGGCAGUACUGGUAGAUGGAACAAAUGUGGCAAUAAAACGAGCAGAGUAUGGAUCAAAGCAAGGUGCAGUGGAGUUCAAAAAUGAGAUUGAGUUGCUAUCCAGAGUCCACCACAAGAACCUGGUAAGUCUGACAGGAUUUUGCUAUGAACAAGGGGAGCAGAUGCUGGUAUAUGAAUAUGUCUCCAAUGGGACAUUAAGACAGAAUUUACAAGCUAGAGGAAUUUACCUGGAUUGGAAGAAGAGGCUCAGGAUUGCUCUAGGAUCGGCAAGAGGACUAGCAUAUCUUCAUGAGCUCGCCGAUCCACCUAUUAUUCACAGAGAUGUCAAGUCCACAAAUAUCCUUUUGGAUGAAAACUUUAAACCAAAAGUUGCUGAUUUUGGUCUGUCAAAGUUAGUUGCAGACACUGAAAAAGGCCACAUUUCCACUCAAGUCAAAGGAACAUUGGGCUAUUUGGACCCAGAGUAUUACAUGACACAACAGCUCUCAGAGAAGAGCGACGUGUACAGCUUCGGUGUCGUCAUGCUAGAGAUACUGAGUGGCAGGCUGCCUAUAUCAAAUGGAAGAUAUAUCGUCCGGGAAUUCAGGAUGGCCAUAAACCCCAAUGACCACGACUACUAUGGCCUGCAAGGCAUCGUGGAUCCAGCCAUCCACGAUGCCGCACAUACUGCGCGGUUUAGGAGGUUCGUGCAGCUGGCCAUGGAGUGCGUUGACGAAUCAGCCUCACGGCGGCCCACCAUGAACUCUGUGGUGAAGGAGAUUGAGACGAUGCUGCACAGCGAGGGGCUGAGCUCGGGCAGCUCAUCCACCGUGGAGUUUGAGCACGUGGGGACCGCCUCCACCUCGCACCCGCACAGUGGAGAGGUGGUCACGGCCCACUAG